AUGCAGGAGGAGGUUUCUGUGACUCAUGUAGCGUAUAAGAGUGCCAGAUAUUUUUCAGUUUUCAGUCCUCUGUGUAGACUUUGUGUUCAAGUACAACAUGUUGGGCAGCAAAAUGAUGAAAGCCAUCCGGGUCAGCGAGUUCGGAGCCCCGUCGGUCCUCAAAAUGGCGUCUGUGAGCAUCCCUCAGCCUGGAAACGGAAAGGUGUUGAUUCGUGUUCACGCCUGUGGAGUAAAUCCUGUGGAAACUUACAUUCGAGCCGGAAAUUACGAGAAACCCGCCCUGCCAUACACACCGGGCACUGAUGCAGCAGGAGUGGUAGAGUCUGUUGGAGAAGGAGUCACUGCAGUGAAGAAAGGUGAUCGUGUCUACACCAUAGCUACCGACACAGGAAGUUAUGCAGAAUACACAGUCGCUGCUGAGGACUGUGUUCACAAGCUGCCUGAUGCUUUAGACUUUGCUCAGGGAGCAGCCAUUGGGAUCCCAUAUUUCACCGCCUUCAGAGCUCUGGUUCACAAAGCUCGUGUCAAAGCAGGACAAACUCUCCUCAUCCAUGGAGCCAGUGGAGGGGUGGGUAUUGCUACCUGCCAGCUUGCUCGUGCGAUGGGCCUCAAAGUUCUGGGAACAGCAGGAACUCCAGAAGGGGUGAAGCUGAUUACCCAGAAUGGAGCUCACCAGGCUUUCAAUCACAGAGAAAAAGGAUACACUGAUAAAAUCAUGGCAGCCACAGAUGGAAAAGGUGUAGAUGUGAUUGUGGAGAUGCUGGCAAAUUCCAACCUCAAUAAAGACCUGCAGAUGUUGGCCAAAAGAGGACGUAUUGUGAUUAUUGGCUCCAGAGGUCCCAUCGAGAUCGACCCUGUGGACAUCAUGGUUAAAGAGGCCUUAGUCACGGCAGUGCUCAUUUUCUAUGCGAAACCGGAGGAGAACAAGCAGAGUGCAUCGUACCUCUUUUCAGGAAUGGAGGCUGGUUGGCUGCGUCCACUCGUUGGUUCCAAGUAUCCGCUGGACAAAGCCGCCCAGGCCCACAAAGACAUCAUCGAGUCCCCUGGUGCUGGUGGGAAGAUGAUCCUGACCAUGUGAUGACAGCAACAUACCUCAGCUCAAAACUCACACAGUGGCUGUUUUCAAAAGGGAGAGUCUGAAGGAGCAACAAAACUGGUUCAUAAAGCCUUAAUCUGAAAUCAUGUUUGAUUGUUACAGCAGUUGAGUUGAACUGCGUCUGCACACAAUCUUAAAGUUUACCUGUUGUGAUACUUUUAUGUGCUAAUAUGAGGAUCAUUUCAAGAUACAAAUUAUAUUUUUAAGGAUGUUCACUCAUUCCUGUAAUUCAACCUGGUUGCUAUGAGUUACACGAUGACCAAGUUGUGUAAUUAGCAUUGUAGGUCAUUUGGAAGUCAUGAAUACGGCUGGGAAUAGUUUUUCAUUGUUAAUCAAAUAAAAUUGUUUUAUUACAUUCA